AAAGUCACAGAGAAAAUUGUAACUAUAUUUUAUGCAAAGUUCCAGCCUCAGUUAUUUUAAUUAUUUUAUUCUGAUCAUCAUUUUGCAAAAAGGAAAGGAAUAACAAUAAUAAGGGAGAGAGAGUGAGAGAGAGAAAGAAGGGAACCAAAGCCACCAAAGCCACUUCCUAGUUACUUCCCUCUGUGGGCUUAGAAUAGAAUAACCAGUAGCAUCAAGGUGAAUCAUGGUGAUGUGCUUCAAGCUCAUAAUGUGGAACGUGGUGCUUCUUCUUGUUUGUUCUCUCAUUGCUUCUGCUCAGGCCUCAGUGUCGUAUGACUCAAAGGCUAUCACCAUUAAUGGCCAGAGAAGGAUCCUCAUUUCUGGAUCCAUUCAUUACCCAAGGAGCACCCCUGAGAUGUGGCCAGAUCUUAUUCAGAAGGCCAAGGAGGGAGGGUUGGAUGUGAUUCAGACUUACGUUUUCUGGAAUGGGCACGAGCCUUCACCUGGCAAGUAUUAUUUUGAGGGGAACUAUGAUCUGGUGAAGUUCAUAAAGCUGGUGCAGCAAGCAGGCCUUUAUGUUAAUCUCAGGAUUGGUCCUUAUGUGUGUGCUGAGUGGAACUUUGGGGGUUUCCCCGUUUGGCUAAAGUACAUUCCAGGAAUCAGCUUCAGAACAGACAAUGAACCUUUUAAGAAUCAAAUGCAAAAAUUUACCACGAAGAUUGUUGAUUUGAUGAAAGCGGAGAGGUUAUACGAGUCUCAGGGAGGUCCAAUAAUUAUGUCACAGAUUGAAAAUGAAUAUGGACCUGUAGAGUAUGAAAUUGGUGCUGCGGGUAAAUCUUAUACUAAUUGGGCAGCAGAGAUGGCUAUGGGACUUGGUACUGGUGUUCCAUGGAUCAUGUGCAAGCAGGAUGAUACUCCUGAUCCUCUUAUUAACACUUGCAAUGGCUUCUACUGUGAUUAUUUCUCUCCAAAUAAGGCUUACAAGCCAAAGAUGUGGACAGAAGCUUGGACUGGCUGGUUUACGGAGUUUGGAGGUCCAGUUCCUCAUCGACCUGCUGAAGACUUGGCAUUUUCAGUGGCAAGGUUUCUACAGAAAGGAGGAUCAUUUGUAAACUAUUACAUGUAUCAUGGGGGAACAAACUUUGGUCGAACUGCUGGUGGUCCCUUUAUUGCAACAAGCUAUGAUUAUGAUGCACCACUUGAUGAAUAUGGAUUGCUCAGGCAACCAAAGUGGGGUCAUCUGAAGGAUUUACACAGAGCAAUAAAAAUGUGUGAACCAGCCUUAGUAUCAGGAGAUCCUACUGUAACAAAUAUUGGAAACUAUCAAGAGGCUCAUGUGUUUAAAGCAAAGUCAGGAGCUUGUGCUGCAUUCCUUGCAAACUAUAACCCAAAAUCUUAUGCAAAAGUGGCCUUUGGAAGUAUGCAUUACAACUUGCCUCCUUGGUCUAUAAGCAUUCUUCCUGACUGCAAGCACACUAUUUAUAACACUGCAAGGGUUGGUUCUCAGAGUGCCCAGAUGAAGAUGACUGGUGUUCCUAUUCAUGGUGGACUCUCUUGGCUAUCAUUCAAUGAAGAAACUACUACUACUGAGGAUAGUUCCUUCACCAUGACUGGCCUGUUAGAGCAAUUAAAUACAACAAGAGAUUUAUCUGACUACUUGUGGUACUCUACAGAUGUUGUGCUUGAUUCCAGAGAAGGGUUUCUGACAAACGGAAAGGAUCCUAUUCUUACUGUGUUUUCUGCUGGGCAUGCUCUGCAUGUUUUUAUAAAUGGUCAACUAUCAGGAACUUCAUAUGGAAGCUUAGAAUUCCCUAAACUAACAUUUAGUCAAGGAGUGAAGCUAAGAGCUGGUGUUAACAAGAUCUCUCUUCUGAGUGUUGCAGUUGGACUCCCGAAUGUUGGACCUCAUUUUGAAACAUGGAAUGCUGGUGUUCUUGGACCAAUAUCAUUAAGUGGUCUCAACGAAGGGAGAAGGGACUUGUCUUGGCAGAAAUGGUCUUACAAGGUUGGUCUUAAAGGUGAAACCUUGAGUCUCCACUCUCUUAGUGGAAGUUCCUCAGUGGAGUGGAUCGAGGAAUCUUUAUUUUCUAGCAGACAGCCUUUGACUUGGUACAAAACAAGUUUCGAUGCACCAGCUGGGACUGCACCGUUGGCUUUAGACAUGGACAGCAUGGGAAAAGGUCAAGUGUGGUUAAAUGGACAGAAUCUUGGUCGCUACUGGCCUGCUUAUAAAGCUUCUGGUACCUGUGAUUAUUGUGACUAUGCUGGAACUUAUAAUGAGAAUAAAUGCAGAAGCAACUGUGGCGAGGCCUCUCAAAGAUGGUAUCAUGUUCCUCAGUCAUGGCUAAAACCUACAGGAAAUUUAUUGGUUGUGUUUGAAGAGCUUGGUGGAGAUCCCAAUGGAAUCUUUUUGGUUAGAAGGGAUAUAGAUAGUGUGUGUGCUGAUAUUUAUGAGUGGCAGCCUAACCUUAUAAGCUAUCAGAUGCAAGUUGCUGGAAAACCACCAGUGAGACCAAAAGUUCAUUUAUCAUGUAGUCCUGGACAGAAAAUCUCAUCCAUCAAAUUUGCCAGUUUUGGUACUCCACUGGGUUCUUGUGGAAACUUCCAUGAAGGAAGUUGCCAUGCUCACAAGUCUUAUGAUGCAUUUGAAAGGAAUUGUGUUGGACAAAACUGGUGCACAGUAACGGUGUCACCUGAAAAUUUUGGAGGAGAUCCUUGUCCAAAUGUCAUGAAGAAACUCUCAGUGGAAGCUAUUUGUUCCUGAUAAUUUUUAACCUCGGAUAUAAAAGGAUCAAGAUUAAACUCUUCAGAUUGAUUUUUUCUCCACUAUUCUAUACAAGUCUUUUGGGUCAACCAAAGUCUACACUUCUGAAUUGUGAUCACCACAAGCAUUAUUAAUUUGGCUUUACCAAGGUGAAGUUGCAGAAAACACAACACACCGUGUGGUUGAAAGCCUGCAAAGAUUUCUGAGAUGAUUAUGGACAUGUGUAUAUAUACUUGUAUGUUAUACAGAGGUGAAAGGUGAAAGAUUUUCUCUGCACACGAUGACACGAAACUGAUUGAGUCCAUGUGCUAGUGUUUUAGACUUUUAGUGUGGAAGCCUCUUGCUUCCUGUAAUAUUAUUUGUCCACUGUAAUCUGCAUCCAUUUAGUUUCUUUUUUUCUGUAAGAAACUUUCUAAACACAUCAAAUUCAGUUAUUUUGAUUUCCUUAUUA